AUGGCCGUAGACAGGAAAGACAAGUCACAACUUCACAAAGUCGCCUUACGAGGUUCCUCGAAGUUGGUAGCCGAGUUCUUCGAGUACUCCAUUAACACGAUUCUUUUUCAAAGAGGUGUGUAUCCUGCCGAGGAUUUUACACCUGUCAAAAAAUAUGGACUCAAUAUGCUCGUCUCCUCGGACGAUCAAGUCAAGGCGUACAUCAAGAAGAUCAUGUCGCAGUUGAACAAGUGGAUGGUGGGCGGCAAGAUUUCUAAACUAGUGGUGGUUAUCACCAGCAAAGAGACUGGAGAACACGUUGAGCGAUGGCAAUUCGAUGUCCAGAUUCUGAACAAGUCGUCAAAACACCGAGCGUCCAAGAAAGCUCCUGACAAAGAGAAUGCGGCCCCAGGGGACACAGCACCUGUAGACGCUGAACCAGAGAAGACCGAGGCACAAAUCCAAGAAGAAAUACAGGCUAUAUUUCGACAGAUUACGGCUUCAGUCACAUUCCUGCCUGUCCUUGAUGGCAACUGUACUUUCAACGUUCUGGUUUACGCAGACGCAGACUCUGAUGUACCCAUCGAAUGGGGUGACAGCGACGCCAAAGAAAUCAAAAACGGAGAGAAGGUGCAGCUGCGAAGCUUCAGCACCAGCAAUCACAAGGUUGAUACCAUGGUUAGCUAUCGGUUAGCAGAUUGA